AGUUUGGAACUGAGCACACGCGGCGCAGGCGCAAUGGUGAGAGGGUCGGUGGUGGUGCCGCUGGUGGAGGCCGGUGAAUAGAGGCUAACGGGAUGGAGCUGUGAGCAGGAUUGGUGUCGCUUUUCCUCCCGGCUUGAGUGAAGCCCGGAUGUUUGUCCAGUCGGUGUCCUGAUGUGGCGGCCGAGUCUCGGUUCCAGGUUUCUUAUGUUCGCUGCUGAGCCUCAGUGAAGGCGGCUGCCCGGCUCCCGGUUUUACUGUUUAUCUCCCGUGGCCCCCAACUCACCAUGUCCGGGAAACAUUUCAAAGGACCUGAAUUGCUGGGAGCAGCAUUUCUUGGAAUAGGCCUCUGGGCAUGGGCUGAAAAGGGUGUGCUUUCCAACAUUUCCUCUAUUACAGAUCUGGGAGGGUUUGACCCAGUAUGGUUGUUCAUUGUGGUAGGUGGAGUGAUGUUCAUUCUUGGAUUUGCUGGCUGUAUUGGUGCACUCCGUGAGAAUACAUUCCUGUUGAAGUUUUUUUCAGUAUUUUUGGGUCUAAUUUUCUUCUUGGAGUUGACGACGGGGAUACUAGCAUUUGUCUUCAAGGACUGGAUCAAGGACCAGCUCAAUUUAUUUAUCAACAAAAAUGUUCAAGCUUAUAGGGAUGACAUAGAUCUUCAAAACCUUAUUGAUUUUGCACAGGAAUAUUGGUUGUGCUGUGGUGCUCGAGGACCCAUCGACUGGGACCUAAAUAUUUACUUUAACUGUACAGAUUUCAACCCAAGCAGAGAGCGAUGUGGUGUUCCAUUUUCCUGCUGUAUCAAAGACCCUGCGGAGGAUGUCAUUAAUACCCAGUGUGGAUAUGAUGUUAGGUUGAAAAUGGAAAUAGAUCAACAAGAUUAUAUUUAUACCAAAGGAUGUGUUGGGCAGUUUGAGAAGUGGCUGCAGGAAAACUUAAUAGUGGUUGCUGGAAUCUUCAUUGCUAUUGCUUUAUUACAGAUUUUUGGAAUUUGCCUGGCGCAGAACCUGGUGACUGACAUUAAAGCUGUCAAAGCCAACUGGUAAAAUUUUACUGAAAGUUAUCAAGUCAAGUAGCAAACUUUUCAGAGCUGUGGAAAGCACAUAUGUAAAAGCACAGUGGAUGAAAGUCAUCAUUAUGGCACUACUUCAUCUCUGAUGCUAUGAGACCUGUGGAUGUAAACCAUGAGGCUGCUGUACAGCAAUUAGACUUUUACUGUAACAACAGGAAAAACCUUAAAUUUUGUUGUUAACCGAUUUAAAGGGAUCAUUAGCAAUUUGUAGUUGAUGGAUAUUUUGAAAUGUUACUUGUCUCUCGUGUAUAUACUACCACAAAUGUAUUAAGUUUGUUACUGUUAAAGAUAAUGUGGUUUAGAUG